AUGGGUAAUUCUAUUAAAGCUGAGCAGAGGAGAAUGGAUGUCAAUGAUGAAAAUCACAGACGAGAAAUGGAGCAUAAGCAAAAGGAAUUAGAAUUCGAAAAAUUGAAAGCAGAGUUGGAACAAGCCUAUGAAAAGAAAAAGAAUGAACUCAGAGAUGAAGUUCGUAAGCGAGAGAUUGAAGCUGCAAAGAAUAAGCAUGAAUUAGAAAAAGGAAAAGCGAUGAUGGAGCAUCACCACAAAAUUUCAGAAUUAAUAAUGCAAAUACAACAAACAAAACAACAAAAUGGGAAAGAUAUUAUACAAACUUAUUUGGGAACAGUUAAUGAUCUUAUUCAAAAGAAUAUCGACAUCCAUCGACAAAUUUUCCCUCUUAUAGAUCAAAUCAAUGAUGAAAAGUAUGAUAAGAUACCAAGAGACAUCAAAGAAGCUAUUCAUGAAUCAAUUAAAAAAACUCUCAAAGGUGCUAUGAGCCCUAAAGAGAUCAUGGAUUACUCAAAGACACUACUUAAUAAUCUUCAGCUCAAUCAUAACGAAGAUCUCAAACAAAUGCUUGGAACCGCAAUUAGGCAUAACCUACUCUCAGAAGGAGAGGUGUCAUACCUUUUAGGUGAAACAAGUAAAAUUGAAG